GUCGGCCCAUCAACACUUCCCAAAACAUUUCCACGGCCUGGAUCUGCGGGUCUGCGGGUCUGCGUGUUCUAUUACAGUCCUGUAUCCAGGCGGGAAUGCUCCGGCGCAACGGAAUGUCUCAUCCGGCGGCUUGUUUCCUAUGUUUUUCUCCCCCUCGUUUGAGUGUGUCAAUACUAGCAGUGCGUCGAACGGCUCACGUGUAGUUGGGGUCGGCUCUCCCAGUACAAUACUGACAAGGAGGGACGGCAUUAUACCCUUGUCCUUGAUCAGUGGAUAUAAAAAGUCGGACGGCGGAGUUGUUUAUUGUGAGUGUGGGUUUUUUUUUUUUUUUUUUGCUGUGUUUGCAUGUGUAUUUGGGGAGGCAAAGCUUGAAACGGGAAUACUGAAAAGAGAGGCCAUGGCGGGAUCCGGGGUUGGAAUAUCUGUUGUAUAUACCCACGCGAUGGCCUACGGGAGAGAGGCGACUGCCUCUGGUGCGCUUGAUGUGGUCCAUUGCGUUGUGAUGGGGGGAAAGACAGAACAGGAAUGGCAACGGGAGAAUCAAUGCAGCAGGUGCAAUGCAAUGGUGGGGGACAAAAUGGAAUGAAAAUGAC